GAAAGCAGCAAAAAGCCCGCCUUAAGUGUCCAAAAACCUUUGUUGUCCUCCAUUGUCACCUUCAUAUCCACAGUAAAAAUGUUCUCUUUACCUUUUAAUUUUUAAUUUUUUUUGUUUAUUAAUCUCAGUAUCGCUUCUUCGUUUUUGUUUGCUUUUUUUUUUCUCGAGCUCUGCAUAAGCAGAAACAGAACCGAAAUUUACAACAAUAAUGUUGGCGUGUUGGACGGAUUACCUUAGCUUAUGCAGAGUCACAGCUGCAAUUGGGUACUUGUUUUUGUUACUCUUCUCUUUCUUCAUCACCGUUUACACUGCUUGUUUCAAUGGAAAUUGCCAGUUGCUUGAUUCAUGUUCCCAAGCUACAGAUUGUGGUCCGGGUCUUUAUUGUGGGAAUUGCCCAUCUUUGGGCAAGAGUCAACCUUUUUGUACCAGAGGCCAAGCUAUUAUGCCCACUUCCAUUGUUGGUGGUUUGCCUUUCAACAAAUAUUCAUGGUUGAUGACCCACAAUUCCUUCAGUAUAGUGGAUGCUCCAUCUUUACAAGGUGUUCAAAGAUUGACAUUUUACAAUCAAGAAGACACUGUCACUAAUCAAUUGAUGAAUGGAGUGAGGGGGUUGAUGUUGGACAUGUACGAUUUUAAUGGCGAUAUUUGGCUCUGUCAUUCGUUCCGGGGACAAUGCUUCAACUUCACUGCCUUUCAACCUGCAAUUAACACCUUGAGGGAAGUGGAAACAUUUUUGAGUCAGAAUCCAUCGGAGAUUGUAACAAUUGUAAUUGAGGACUAUGUGCACACGCCAAAAGGACUGAGUAACCUUUUUGUAAAUGCUGGUUUGGAUAAGUAUUGGUUUCCCGUGUCGAAGAUGCCAAAAAAGGGUGAAGAUUGGCCUACUGUGAACGAAAUGGUGCAAGCUAAUCACAGGCUUUUGGUUUUCACCUCGGUUGCCUCGAAGGAAGCAGAGGAAGGGAUUGCUUACCAGUGGAAGUACAUAUUAGAAAAUGAAGCUGGAGAUCCAGGGGUAAAGCCAGGCUCAUGCCCGAAUAGAAAAGAAUCACGGCCACUCAAUUCAAAAAGCGCCUCUCUUUUCCUCAUGAAUUAUUUCCCAAGUUACCCGGUUGAAACCGAAGCUUGCAAAGAGCAUUCAGCACGACUAGCUGACAUGAUCGGCACCUGCUUCAAAGCAGCAGGGAGUAUGAUGCCAAACUUUUUAGCAGUCAACUUCUACAUGAGGAGUGAUGGAGGCGGUGUUUUCUAUGAUUUGGAUAGCAUGAAUGGCCAAAGAUUAUGUGGAUGUAAUACAAUUGCUGCUUGCCAGGCUGGAGCACCAUUUGGAUCUUGCAAGAACAUUACAAUGCCUUCUUCAAGUCCAAUGACCAAUACUGCCGGAAGCUUUUCUGGAUCUGUUCAAUUCUCGAAAUCCGCUUCAACAAUCUAUUAUCCUAAUCAAUUCGCUAUCGGGUUCUUUUCUAUUCCAUGGAUGUUGCUUUUAUUGUGACUAGAAAUAUAGAUAGUUUUUCAGGAUAGCAUCUACACUUUUACUGAGGGCCUAUAAUAUUUCUUAGUACGCAAAUUUUUCGAGUUUAAGGCUUAGUAUACAACACCCUGCCAUAUUUGGUAGAAGGUCAAGGAAUGCUUGUUAGAAUGAAUACAAUUUUAUUAUAAACAAAGAUUCUUCUGUUAAGGCAAAAUUAAAUGGUUUGUAUGUGAACCUGAUUUAGGAAGUGGCCUAGACAGAGACUUGAAAUGUACCAAAUAGCAAUUUCAGGUAUGCGAUUUGCUUCACUAUAGUAUAUGAUUUACCUAAA